AUGGCGGAACCAGGCGCGUGGCCGCUGCCCCGUGGCGCCUGGCUGGACGCGAGCCUCAACGGCACCAUCACGACGACGGUCUCGGUGCCGCCGGGGACGCUCAUCCUAGCGCAGGUCGUCGACGCCGGCGGCCGCCCACAGGGGACCGAGCUGCUCCAGGUGGAGGUGGCCUAUGCCCCAGGCCCCCUCGGGAGGUUCGUCAAGGCCGCCCACGUCGGUGCCAGCGACGAGUACUUCAGCUGGUACGCGCAGCACCCGAACGUGGAGGGCGGGCGGCCUGGGAACACCGUGUUCCACCUUUGCGCGUGCGGGGCCAGCGGGUGUGCGGCCCCGACACCUCGCGGGACGGUGGUCGAGCACCUCGACAUCUGGCGGGCGGCGCCGCCAGGCGAGGGGCCGCCGGCGGGGGAGCCCGAGGAGCCGCUCGACGACGCGGAGCCGCCGGCGAAGCGCCCCCGCCGCGAGCCAGGGGGCGUCGGGGGGACGGCCACCCCGCGGCUGGGCGGCAGCCUCGCGGACGGCGGCGGCAGCCCGCUGGACGCGGAGCUCGCGGGGCUGGAGGACGUCGCUGCCGACCCUGGCCUGGAGGACAGGCUGGCGCGCCUGGGCAGCCGCGGAGGCCCGCGAGGCAAGCAACAGCGAGACCCCCUGAACGCCUCGCGCCCCGGCGGCCCGGUGCGGGACCGCCUUUCAGCGGCUGUGGCCGCGCGCGCGGCGGAGGCAGGAGCUGCUGCAGCGGGGAAGCCAGCGGCCUCAGGCGCGCGCACGCGGCUGGCCUCGGCGCUGGCCGCGGCGCUCCUUGGCCCCGGCGAGGAGGAGGGCGACGAGGCUGGCGACAGCGACCUCGAGCGGGGUGCGCUGGGCGAGAGCUUCCAGGGGGUCGGCAUCAAGCGGGACCUCUUCAGGCAGAUUGCCCGCCGCCGCCCGGGCGCACUCCUCGAGAACGGGCUCGCGCACCUCCGAGGCCAGUUCACGCGGCAGCUGCGCGUGGCCGACGGCGACCCCCUCGCGCCGUGCGUCACGCAGUUUUUGGACACGGUCUUCUUCGUGGCGCACCCGCCGCGGACGCUCCCGCCCGAGGAGGUCCGGUCCCUUCGGUCGCUCGGGCUCGCCCUCGACGGGAUCCUCAAGGGCGACGUCGUCGAGACCGGCGACCUGCUGAUGCAGGAGUUCAAGGCCAGGACGAUGGCCAUCCGCGACGGGCACUGGCGGACGGCGAGGUGGCUCACGCUGGUGCCGCAGGAGCAGCCCCCGUCGGGAGCUACCAUCGACGAGGAGACGGCUGCCGAGAAGGUCGAGGCGAGGGAGCUCAAGGUCGCCGAGCUCCGCCGCAAGCUCCAGGACAGGAGGCCCUGCGGAUAUUGGCAAGCCGAGUCCCAGCGGGCGGAGCCGCAGCCCCGCCUCAAGCUGCGGGCCGGCGCCGCGCUGCAGCAGCCCCAGCAGCGCCGGGCGGCGAGCGGACGGAGCUGGAAGGAUCUGAAGGGAACCUUUCCGAGGCGCGAGGGCGAGACGCGCGCCCAGUGGAAGUCCCGCAUGCUGGUGGUCAGGCGCUGGCGCCAGCUGCUCGCUUCCAGCUGCACAGGAGCGGCCACCAAGUUCGAGCUGGCCCUCAUCAUGCACGAGGCUUCCCACGGAGCGCCUGGGGACGUCGGGAGGUUCAUCAGGCGAAUGCGCGUUCCACCAGACCCCACGGAGAGCUUCACGCGCCUGCGCGAGGUGUUGCCGUUACCCGUUCCCGACGCCCCAGUCUUCAGUCAGCUCCGGGCAGCCCGCUAUGCUGGGCAGCAGCUGGCAGCCGACAAGGUCGACCAGGCCACCGCCGAGGCUUGGGUCCAGCUCGUUGUGUUUAGCCUUAACUACCAAUACACCGGGCACAUGCAGGCGCCGACGGUGCCGCCUGUCCAGAGCUCUGCCAGCCAGGUGAACGCCCUCGGGAUCAUCCGCCAGGCAUGCGACUACUUCGCUCGCGGGGCAGACACCACGGUCGACCUCCCCGCCUGGGGGGAGUUGAUCAGCUCGAAGGACGUCACCUACGGCGGCGAGGAGGUGGCACGCGCCCUGCCUCUUACCCUCGGCGGCGUCAUGCCCGGGCUGCCAGCGAAAGGCGUAGCCGCGUCGGCGAGGGCGAUCGACAUCGCAGACGCCCGGGUGGGCAGCUGGCUGGCCGAUCCAGGCUUGGCCCUGCUGCCGCGGGCAGAGUGGCCCGAGGAGGUGCCAAGAGCAUCGAUUCAGGUGAAGUCGAAGCAAGAGUGGCACGACAUCGGCGCGAAGCUGGUCGAGCUGGGCCUUGCGGCGCCGAUCGCGGAGGAGAGGAUCUUCAAGGUUGGGAACCGCAAAGUCCUUGCUGGCGCCUUCGGGGUUCAGAAGAGCGGGACGCCUACGCCCGGGUGCCCGUGGGUGCAGAGGCUCAUCAUCAACAUGGUCCCAGCCAACAGCUACCAGCGCAUCGUGCGGGACGACGUUGGCACCCUCAGUGCGUCGCCGUCGUGGGUGGCCAUCCCGCUCCCCGAGGGCCACAUGCUGCUGUGGUCGUCCGACGACCAGGCCUCCGCCUUCUACUGCUACGAGCUCCCGGAGGCUUGGCAGCCCUACAUGACGCUCGCGGAUGCUAUCCCGAACGAGCGCAUCGGGGUCAGCGGGCCUGGGAAGACGCACAUCGCGCUGCGGGUCAUCCCGAUGGGCUGGGUCAACGCCGUCACGGUCUUCCAACGCUGCCACCGCCGGCUCGGCUUCAGCAUGCGUCCCCUGGGCGCAGGGUUCGCCCCCAGCAUGGAGUGGCGCAAGGACCGCCCGCUGCCCUUCAAGUCGAAGGAGCUCGAGCAGAAGUGGGUUCAGUACUACAUCGACGACUGGGACCACGGCGAGAUCGUCCCGGAGCGGCUCAUUGCUGAGCUUCGUGGGACCGUGGGCGCGGUGCAGGAGGAGCAGCGCCAGGCCUACCGCCGCUCCGGGAUUCAGGUGGCCGAUGGCAAGGCCAAGCACAGGGCACUCAUUCUCGAGCGGAUGGGCGCCGGCCUUGACGGCCUCGAAGGCCGAGUCGGGGUCACCGUCGAGAAGCUGCACGCCCUGCUUGGGUUCACGCUCUGGGGGAUGGGCCAGAGCGCGAUGUCGUCGCAGGCCGUCCUCAUGAUCCUUGGCCGUUGCGUUAGGGCAGCUGAGUUCCGGCGGCCGUUCAUGGGCUACCUCAACGCGGUGUGGGCAGCUGGGCGCUGGCAGCAGCCGCAGGCAGUUCCCCUCGACAUGUGCGACGAGCUGCUUAGCUUCAUGAUGGCCCUCCCACUCGCAUUCACCGACUUGCGAGCGCAGAUCGACCCGUGCGUCAUCGCGACGGAUGCGAGCGAGCGUGCUGGAGGGAUCUGCCACGCGGUCGGGCUCACCGAGGCGGGAAUUGCGUGCGCGAUGGAAGGCGCCUCGGUCGUCUCGCUGCGGCCGGGGGCGAUAUCGUACCCUGUAGAAGGGGUGCGAUGGCGGCCGCGCGUCGUCAUCGUGGAGCUGUUCUGUGGGGCGGCGGCCGCAGCAGUUGCAGCCUCGCGCCUGCCCUUCACCAUCGUCGCCCACCUCAGCAGCGAGGUGGACCCAGCUGCCCGACGGCUGGUCCGCAGGCGCUGGGCUGGCGUCGUCGAGCUCGGGGACAUCGAGCGGAUCGAUGGCGAACGGUUCAGGCGCAUGCUCGAGAAUUACAAGCGCGACGCCGACUGGGUCCUUAUCACUGCUGGCAGCCCGUGCCAGGACCUCGCAGGGCUCAAUGCUGUGGGCUCAGGGCUGGAGGGCGCGCGGUCUCGGCUAUUCCUGCGGGUGCCUGAACUCAUCGGCGUCGCGGAGGAGGUCUUCCCGCGGCGCGUGGUGUGGUUCGUCGAGAACGUCUUCAGCAUGACACUGGAGUCGCGGGCGCAGUUCACCAAGAUCUUGAAGGUCACGCCCGUGCUGCUGGACGCGAAGCACUUCACCCGGGUCAGCCGGCCGAGGCUCUACUGGUGCUCCUGGGCGGUCUGUUCUCACCUCCCGCCCGGCUGCCUGGCGGAGGUCAAGGGCGCGGGGGGCGAGGCGCACACCCGUAUCGACGUGACCAUCGAGCGCCUCCCCUUCAAGGCUGUCCUCCACGAGGGUUGGUCGCUCCUGGACGGCAACACCGACCUCCCCUGCUUCACGAGGCCGAUCAUCAGGAAGCACCCCCCGCUCAGGCCCGUCGGGAUCGAGCGCGCCACGGAACAGGCUCGGAGUCGCUGGGCGUCCGACGGGUACCGCUACCAGGUCAACAACUACGAGGGCGGAGUGCUCAUCUGGGAUGCGGCGCGUGAGCGGAGCCGGCUGCCCGACCCAGAGGAGCGCGGUGCACUCAUGGGCUUCGACAGGUUAUAUUUUCAGGGCGCAUUGAAAGAUAGCGUUCCUGAGUCCGAGCGUGCAGUUGUCAUGGAGUCUCUCAUUGGCAAUACCUUCUGUGUGCAGGUUGUCGCUUUUAUCCUUGGCACCUGGUUGGCUCAAAUCAAGUCAGUCAAGGCGCCAGUCGCGGGCCAGCAAUGCCUUGAGAUCGGGGCGUGCGAGGCGAACUGGAACGUCGUCCCGGACUUCCAGCAGCCUGGGCUUCGCGAUUCAGUCCUCGAGCGGAGCCUCAUCGUCGAGUUCCUGCGCAUCGCCGACCGCGGAGGUUUCCUGUGGCAGAGACCCGCCCACAUCUCCGCGCUGGAGCUGGAGUCAGCCGUCGCGGGGGCCAGGUGGCGCUGCCGGGCGGUGGCCAAUCACCGCUGCCGCUACCUCCACAUCCUGGAUGCCCAAGCGAUCGCGGCAGUCAGUACCAAAGGCCGCUCGAGUGCGCUUGCCCUGCAGCCGGCCCUCCGCAGGCUCAACGCGCUGCACCUCGCGACGGGCGGGUGCCCGAUCUACGGCUACUGCGACGCAGACGACAUGCCGGCGGAUACGCCGUCCCGCUGGCCCCUGCGGGAGGUCAUGAUCUCGCCCCUCUCGCUCCAGAGAUACACUGAUGCAGUCAACGAGGUCGUUGACUUCUGGGUGGAGGAGGGGCGUUCACCAUGCGCGCCCGCGCAGGUUGACACAGAUCUUGCGGCCUUCAUCGAGAAGCGGUGGAGCGAGCACGGGUCCCUGUUUGACAUCAACAAUGCCAUCGCUGGAGUAUCACACUUUUUCCUUCCGGUGCGUGGGCAUCUUCGUGAAAGCUGGCGGCUGGCGCGGACGUGGCAGCGCCAAGAGCCAGCUGGCCGCGCCCUUCCAAUUGGGCCGCUGAUUGCGGCAGCCUUCGCGGGGGCACUUGCCGCGACAGGCCACCUGGGCGCGGCUGCAGUUUUGGCCGCUGGGUACGACACGUACAUGCGGACUGGCGAGAUGGCCUCGCUCGUCUGGAACGACGUACAGCUGUGCCCAGCUCGGGCGUCAGCGGUGCUGCUGCUACGAGGCACAAAGAGCCAGCACCAGACGGGCGCCAAGGAGUUCGUCCUCGUGCGAAGCACAGUCGCCUAUAAGCUCUUGGCGAGGGCCAAGGCAGCGGCUGCUCCAGAGGAGGCGUGCUUUGGCAUGGAGCCCGGCGCGUUCCACCGCCUCUUCAGCCAGGUCAAAGAACUCCUGGGCUUCGGGAGCGCCAAGCUGACGCUGUGCAGCUGGAGGCGCGGCGGGGCCAGCGCGGACUUCAAGUCCCAUGGCUCCAUGGAACAGACCUUGCUCCGGGGCAGGUGGGCGUCGGUCCGCGCGGCAAGGCUGUGCGUCCAGGACGCCGUGGCAGAGGCGACGCAGCUCAACCUGAGCGAGCUGCAGCUCGCGCGGUGCAGGCACUGGCGGCCCGCCUCCGUGCCGCGGCGAGCUGACAGGGGGCCGAGCCCUUUCACGACCCUCUUCGGGCCAGGCAGCGCGGCCUGGGAGGGCUCCCGGAGGGACCCGAUGUCGCUGGUCUAUCGCCGUGGUCCGUCGGCCACCGAGCGCAGGGACCGGGGGGACCAGCGCAUCUACGACCGCUACUUCAGCCGGGCGGGCAUCCCACCAUGGUCGCUCCGCCUCCCCGAGGGCCAUGGGGGCUCAUGA